AUGGCGGCUCACAUGGACAUGUUUCUCCGGUUCCUCGACGUCAAGCCGGAAAGCGUAAAUUUGCAGAUAAAAAAGAAAGUGCCGAAAACGACGACAGAAUCUGGGCAGGAACUGACGGGCUGUGCUCCCAUCAGCAGGUACUUUGCUGAACAGUCCGCCAAGGACAAAGAAAUUUGGGGAAAGACUCCGCAGGACCGGGCAGAGAUCCAGCAGUGGCUGGAAUACAGGGCACUGCACCUUGACGAGGUGGUACCGACGCAAGAGGCAGUGCACGAAAUUCUUCAGGAACUGAACUGCUACAUGGGAGAUCGGACAUACUUCGUGGGCAAUGGCUUGACUGUGGCAGACAUUUUCAUGUACUACAGUCUUCAUUCCUACUUCGUGGCAUUGACCUUCAGGGAUAAGGAACGGUACCACCAUCUCUCCAGAUGGCUUGCUCUUACGACGGAUCCAGCUUCGACGAGUACAAAGUCCUUGCGGAGCUUUUUGCCGGAGUAUCCUACGACGAGGAAAAGAUGCGAGGUGUGGAUGCUAUCAUGGAAGAUGCUAUCAUGGAAGUUGUUCCCGAAACAGAAUGUUCUUGUGCUGAUGGCCAAGUGGAGAACGACAACCAUAACCAUAAUUUGCAGGAAGCUGUUUUACAAGAAUUUAGAGAAUUGCUCACGGCAAUGUCAAAAACAGUUGAGCCCAAUGCGCAAACCAUGAAGAAUAGCAUCAACGACAGCGUCAACAGAAAUAAGACGCCUGCCAAAGACGAUAUCUUCAUCGCAAACACAGAUCUUAGAGAAUGCCUGCUCGUCGGAGAUUCCAAUAGUUCUACGAUAAGCACAAACGGCGAUUACAUCCACAGCGAAGACGAAUGUAUACCUGAAGGUGUCGAAUUCGCGAAAAUUGAAGAUUCGAACCACGAAGAUCUCAGCAAAGUCACAAUGUACAACAUUGAACAGGCUGUUGCACGAUGUGAUUUUACUAGUACCCCCGCCAUCAACAUGGAUUACGGUGAUAGUGCCGUUGACGAUGCAUCCUUUCCAGACUUUUGCAACAAGUCGAAAGGCACUCAAUUGCCAGCCGGGACUUUCAUACGUACUCACCGUAACAUCAUUCCGCUCAAAAAAGCCGAAAACGUCUUUAGACACAUGAUAAAUUUUAACAAUCCGUGUCUUAUUCACGGCAGUGUGAACUGGGAUAAUAUCCUCGAGUUAUUUUCCCUAACUACAGAAAGUGUCGAAUUGUCUAAAAACACUGAAACGCCUACCCUAUCGUGCACAAGAUUAAUCCUGAACUCCAUAGAGUAUAUUGAAAAUCUGUCAAAAGACGUUGAACACCUAAAAAUAACCAUUACUAAUUUAUCAGAUACUCUCUUGCACAAAAUAGUAACCAAAGCGCCAAGAUUAGUUUCUCUCGAAAUUGCCGAUGCUUCGAUGUUGUCCUCUCAAUCCCUGCAACAUGUGUCGUGUUCUUUAAGGGAGUUGCAACAUCUAGUCAUUUAUCAAUACUUUCGAAUGACUAACAAAGGAAUACGCUACUUGGGGCGAUCUAACAUGAAAUUAAAAACUCUCUGUCUAAUUGGUGACAAAGUGAAUGAAAAAACUUUUCACAGAAUUGUCAGAAACCACAGAGAACUCCUUUGUGCAUUCUGUAAUGUGAUCGAAUGAGUCCCCCUACAUUUUUUUCUGUAUAUAUAUCAGCCACACAUUCUGUACAAAUGCAUUGAAUGAUUUUCCUUUUAUAUGUAUAGUAUUGAACAAGUGUCUUUUUUACUUUGAACAUGUAAUAAAAACUAUAUAUCGAAAA